AUGGCUUUCCUCUUUCUGAUCCCGCUGGCGAUUCUAGGUAUUGCCAUCUUCAAGCUGCGGAAUGUCGGCCGACGGCCCAAGAACUAUCCUCCGGGACCUCCCACGUUACCACUGAUCGGAAAUUUGCACCAGAUUCCACCGACGCAAUCGCAUCACCAGUUCAAGAAAUGGGCCAAAGAGUAUGGCCCAGUUUACUCGCUCAUUCUCGGCACCAAGGUCAUGAUUGUGCUCUCGUCCGACCGAGCAGUCAAGGAUCUCUUGGACAAACGCAGCAACAUCUACUCCUCUCGCACCGAUCUCUACCUCGGAAAUGUAGUCAGCGGCAAUCUCCGCGUCGUCAUGAUGCAAUACGGCGAAACCUGGCGCAUGAUCCGGAAGAUAUUCCACCAAGUCCUACACAUCAAUGCCGCCAAGGGCUACGUACCAUACCAAGACCUCGAAAGCAAGCAGAUGCUAUCCGGAAGUUCGUAA